UAGCACCAGCAUAUCAAAAACCUCUGAUAACCUGUCACUCUCAAUCCUCGUCCAAGAUAAGGUCCAUUGUGCUGGAGGUGCUAUCGGCUCUUCGAUCUCAUUAAUCAUGCAUUUCCACCCCAUCCUCGCCACUGCCCUGAGCGUUGUCGCCCCAGCCCUAGCUGUGCCGAUCUUGUCCGAGGUGCUCACGGGCGCUAACAGUGGCGCUAUGCUAGCCAAGCGCGAUACUUGUGCAAACUAUCGCUUUAUGUCUCUCGGCCAACUCGAUGUCGAGAACGAUGUCCUUUGGGCCAUGUCCAUCAACUACAGCUACGAUGGGAUCAACUGGACAAGGAUCAACCCGGGCGACGACAUUCUCGUCGGCGGGUCGCGCACCUUCACGCGCGGCGACCAACUCAAGCUGGUCCAGCGCGAUAGAAAUUUCUACAUCAACAUGUGCAACGUUCUUACCGGGAGCUGUGUAGUCUCCCCCGGUGUCUUUCAAAUCCCCAGCGCUGGCAAGCAGCAGUGGGUGGCCAGCAUCCUCGUCAAGAGCGUAUGGGAUGGAGGCAUUCAAACGCAGCCAUUCUGUGAGGUGGGAGCCCAACUCCCAGACGCUACCAACCCUUGAAAGAGAAUGGGCUUACGAUUUGGGCCGAUUUGGAUUCUUAAUUCGGUUAGCAGCAUGGUUGAUGGCUAGAACAGAUUGCUCCUUAUGCCUUGGUCCAUGUUCUGUCAACUAUUUUGGCCGAUUUUCCACGCGUCUUGUGAUUUAGUACUCAAUGUUGGUGGACAUACGUAUGCCCAUUAAGAGCCUUUGCAUCUCUUUCCUGAUCGGAGUUAGUUCCGUUAUCAAUAAAUUG